UCAUUUGAAAGGUGCUAAGGCCGGAAGUGUUCGGAAAGAGGAAGUUGAGAGUUGUGAAUCAGAGACCAAAAAUUGGUGUGAAGACAGAGAUACACUCAGAGAAACACGGAAUGAGCAAAUUAGAAAAAGUAUGGUGGAUUGGAAAAAAGGACAGCGGUAAAAAAAAAUAAACGGAUGAAACUGAACUGGAAAACACAACAAAAAGACAACAAGUGAAGAGGAAAGGAGAAGGCUGAACAUUGUGACAGAUGACAGAGUCAGAUAUGAGAAAACGCUGUGUCUGCACUCUUUUGGUCCUCAUGCUGAUACAGACAGGCAUGACAGACAGUGGGAUUUCUGUAUCUCACAAAUGGGAUGGAGAUCACCUAUCUAUCACCUGUCGUCUCAUGGGGGACAAAGACACUGUUUCUCAGAUCAACUGGGAGAUGACCAGCAGUUCGAACCACACCACCACCAGAUUGAAACUGGGCAUCUUCCAUCCCGUGUUCGGUACCUACGUGUUCCCGAAGUACAACGAUACUGUGGAGAUCCAGGGUAACGCCUCCAGCGGCAAUUACACGCUCAGGCUGAGAGGUAGCACUGUGUUGGAGGAGAGUCAGUUCUGCUGUAAAUUCAUGACCUUUCCCUCUGGAGCGCUGGAGCAGUGUACAAAUACCAGGAUUAAUGAAAGCACAGAGGAGGCCCAGGAGUCAGAAGGCCCACAGGGUUUACUAGAGGAGAGACAAGUGGAGCAGUGGGCUCUGCUAGUAGUGGGAUCUACCAUCUGUCUCCUCAGUAUCGCCAUCUCUCUCUACUACUGCUUGAAGUAUUGCUGCAGACACUGCUGCCGCAGGAGGCGAGUGUUCGAGGUGGAGACUUAUCUGACAGAUCAGCAUACAGACUCGGAGGGGGUCACAGAGGAGCCACCCCAUCAACCCACCCUUCCCUCACCCCCUCACCACCAGCUCCAGGGUUUUGACCCCUCUAAGCUGUACACUAAGAUCAAGCAGGACCUGCUGUAUGGACGGCUGUGGAAGGCCUACCAGGGGACGGCUAAGGCCUGGGGCCCCACAACACAGCAGGGACCACAGCAGCAAGGGCCACAACAAGCGUCAGAACUAGGGCCACAAAAGGUCUAUUUUCUUCUGGGGGAUCAUCGUGCGUCACAGAGAGAGGAACCAGAAGAACCGGAACUAGAACCUAAUCUAGAACAAGAACAAGACCCUCAACCAACCCUUGAAGGAACCAUGGAACCACAGACUGAGCCUGAACCUAUCCAUCCAUUAGCCCUGGAACCUGGAACACAGAUGGAGGUUCAAGAAUCAGAAUGUCAUUUAGAACUAGAACCCAAUUUCCCAUCAACCCUCCCUGCACAGAGGGAGGAACUGGAACCAGACAUGGGAACAGAGAAGGAGGAAACUGAAGAAACCAGAGACUAACCCUCCAGCGAGGAGGUUCAUGAAGGGAGGGUGUGUUGUGUUGUUGUGUGUGUCUGUGCGUCUGUGUGUGUGUGCGGACCAUGCGUGUGUACGUGUGUGUUGGGAGGAAUAAUGUACUGUUGACAUUGGGUGCAUAACCCUGACCUCCUAAGGUUAGCUGUCAUUCAAUACGAUUAAUACUUAUUGCCCCAUUUAGAGUGAAAAUUAAACUCACAGGUAAUCGCCAUGGUUUUUUGUUUACUGUGAACAAUGUACAUGUGGUUAGACGUCUCAGCCAUCACUCAGAUGUUUCUCUCACACUCACACACACACACACACACACAGACAGACAGACAGACAGACAGACAGACAGACAGACAGACA